AUGGCACAGCAGCAGUCGGUUCACCAGCUCUACCGACGUCUCGAGACGAUCGGGAGGGGCGCCUAUGGCUCCGUUCACAAAGGGGUCCACAUACCAUCUGGGAACGUGGUCGCCCUCAAGAUCAUCAACUUCGACGACGAGGGUGGAGGGGAUGAUGUAGCCGACAUUCAGCGGGAGGUGAGUCGCCCAGCCUCGGACCGGAAUAGUCACCAAAAUGUCCACAAGGUUGCCCUCCUUGCGCAACUACGGGAUGCACCCAACAUCACGAAGUACUAUGGCUGCCACCUGGACGGUCCACGCUUAUGGAUCGCGAUGGAGUACGCUCAAGGUGGUUCGGUACGCACUUUGAUGAAGGCCUGCCGGGACGGCAUUCUCGAAGAGAAAUUCAUCGUCAUCAUUGUGCGCGAGGUCCUCAUCGCGCUCAGCUAUCUCCACAAGGCGGGCGUCAUCCAUCGUGAUAUCAAGUGCGCGAACAUCCUGAUUACAGACCGUGGAAACGUCAUGAUAUGCGAUUUCGGUGUUUCUGUGUUUUCCACCGGCGGGAACAAGCGACACACGCUCAUUGGCACUCCGAUGUGGAUGGCGCCCGAGGUUGCGCUGGGGAGUCAGGUUGUCCCCACGUACGAUCACAAGGUUGACAUCUGGAGCUUGGGAAUCACGAUUUACGAGAUGGUGAAGGGCAUGCCUCCUCAUGCGCAUGUGAUGGACGGCUUCAAGGUCAUGAAUCUGAUUCAGAAAACAAAGCCACCGCGCCUCAACGAGGAAGACGGUAGUAAAGAUAUGCGGGACUUCGUGUCACACUGCCUGCGAGAACAGGCGACUGACCGUUUAUCGGCCGACGAAUUAUUGAAGACGAAGUGGAUCAAAUCCGCAGCGAGGACAAAUGUAUCUAUUCUCAAGGAGCUGAUCAUGCGCUACGAUGCUUGGAAGCAGACUGGGGGAACCAGAGCAAGUAUAGCGGAUCCGCUCGCCUGGGAAGAAGCAGAGGAGAACGAGUAA